UUUGUUGGUUUUUUUUGGCUUCCCGGUGAGGUAGCCUUUCGAGCGAGAUCAGAUUUUUUUUUUGUCCACAAUCUCUAAUUUCUUUCUGGGUCCUUCCUCAAUUUACAUGUUAGAUUGAAGUCAGAAUCCAUUUAAAAUUGAUUACGAUAUCUUCUGAGUUCACCUUUCCACCUAUAUUAUAGUUUAGAUUGAGUCAGACAGCCGAAGGCCAGUGGCAGUGGACGGGCGCCCCCUUGAUCGGCACCAUACAUUCCGUCUAAAUGGCAGGGCUUCCAUCUGACUGUCUCGACUCAAACUAUAAUCUAGGUGGGAAGAUGAAUUUAGGGGAGAUCAUAAUUAAUUUUUGCCAUAUUUCGACUGUGAUCUAACAUGCAAAUUGAGAAAGGAACCGUGAGGAGAUCAGGGAUUGCGGACCAGCAACUGCUAUCCCCACCAAGCAGCGACACGACCGCUCGUGAAGCGGCUGCUGCCCUACCAGCCGCCAGCCAGUGACAUCGCCGCUCACGAAGUACUCUUGGAUGACCCUCACAAGUCCAAGUGCCCGGAGUCCUUUUCGGAUGUCCUGAUUCAUUUUUAGGGAUUCGGGGGUAAAUCCAGGCAUCCGGACCGGUGAAGGUCAUCUAGAAGUGUGCAUCAAAUGGAGGUACAAGAUAAUAUAUAGAGGAGGGGAUGGAAACAAACAAUGUGAUUUGUUGGGAAACUUGUAAUUUAGAAUAAGCAACAACUCAGGGCAACAGUCCAAACUAGGACCGCAGUUGGCUUGGUGCUUUGGACUGCAGUUGGCUUGGUGCUGGAGCAGCAGUGAUGUGUAGUCGAUGAACUAGUAGGCCAAAACAGAAAAGUGGGGAAGUUUUACAUUUUUGAAUUAGUAGUCUCAACACUAUUUUACUUUAAUCCAAACACAAUGGAAACUGAGAUUAUAUUUACUUUAAUCCACCAAGAAUCUGAAAUUAUUCUUAUUUUAAACCACUAAGGAUUAUAAAAGCAGACAAUCACCAAGAAUAAGCAAGCAAAGGAAUGGAGAGCUCAGUGAGCCAAAAAGAAACCCACCAACAGACAUCAGGAUGGAAAAGAUUUCUUGCUCAUGUUGGCCCAGGUUUCCUUGUCUCAUUGGCCUACCUUGAUCCUGGAAAUUUGGAGACUGAUCUGCAAGCUGGAGCAAACCACAGAUACGAACUCUUAUGGGUGAUACUAAUCGGUCUGAUUUUUGCACUCAUUAUCCAAUCAUUGUCAGCAAAUCUAGGAGUGACUACAGGGAAGCACCUGGCUGAAUUGUGCAAAGCAGAAUACCCUAUAUUUAUAAAGUAUUGCCUCUGGUUGGUGGCAGAGCUAGCGGUGAUUGCUGCUGAUAUACCUGAAGUGAUCGGAUCAGCCUUUGCUCUCAACAUCUUGUUCCAUAUUCCAGUUUGGACAGGAGUUCUUUUGACCGGAUUGAGCACCCUGAUACUGCUUGGAUUACAAAGAUAUGGGAUGAGAAAGCUUGAACUGUUGAUCUCAAUUUUAGUGUUUUUGAUGGCUGCCUGUUACUUUGGGGAGCUGGUCUACGUGAAGCCACCUGCAGCAGAGGUGAUGAAGGGCAUGUUUGUCCCAAGACUGCAGGGAGAUAGUGCCACCGGAGACGCCAUUUCCCUCCUGGGCGCGCUUGUCAUGCCGCACAAUUUGUUUCUACAUUCAGCACUGGUGCUCUCAAGGAAGACGCCACCUUCCGCCAAAGGAAUCAACGAUGCCUGUAGAUAUUUUUUGCUGGAGAGUGGCUUAGCUUUGUUCGUGGCGUUGCUCAUCAACAUCGCAGUAGUCUCAGUCUCCGGAACUGUGUGCGCUACCACUGAUCUCUCAACUGAAGAUUCCGAUAGAUGUAGUGAUUUGACCUUGAACUCUGCGUCUUUCUUACUCAAGAAUGUGCUGGGCAAAUCAAGCUCCAUCCUCUAUGGAAUUUCUUUAUUGGCUUCCGGCCAAAGCUCUACAAUCACAGGCACAUACGCUGGCCAAUAUAUCAUGCAGGGUUUUCUGGAAAUCAAAAUGAGAAUAUGGUUGCGAAACCUUAUAACAAGAUGCAUUGCAAUCUGUCCCAGUCUUAUCGUAGCCAUUAUCGGAGGAACAACAGGAUCAGGGAGGCUUAUAAUCAUAGCAUCGAUAGUUCUCUCCUUCGAACUGCCCUUUGCCCUCAUCCCUCUCCUCAAGUUCAGCAGCAGCAGCGUCAAGAUGGGGCCUCACAAGAACUCCAUCUACAUAAUUGUGGUCUCAUGGGUGCUUGGCUUGGGUGUGAUUGGGAUCAACAUCUACUACUUGAGCACGAGCUUCGUCACUUGGAUCAUCCACAGCAGCUUCCCGAAGCCUGUGACGGUUUUGAUUGGGGUCGUUGUCUUCCCUGCGAUGGCAUUUUAUGUGAUCUCUUUGAUCUACUUGAUGUAUAGAAGGGACAGGACGAUGACCUUUGACGAGAAGUUGGAGGUUUCGGUGGAACAAGGAGGGCAUGAAGUCAGAGACUGACAUGCAGGUAGGGGUCAUCCUGAGCUAUAUAGCCUAGUCCAAAUUUUUUAUUUAUGUUGCUGUGCAUUAUUGGAUUGUAAAGUAAUAAUGGGGCAAGCAAUUUGUUCAUGGUUGUCAUUCUGCUGCCAAUAAUGGGGCAAGCCAUUUGUUCUUAUUCUUAAAUUUAUUUUUUUUAUAUUUUAGGUGUUCGGAUUCCACCCGGAAAGUAUUUGGACUCUCUCUUGA